AUGAACUACGUUCGCUUUCUUGCUUGGAUUGCGCUGAUGGCGGACUUGGUGAUUGCAAUGGGUAGUGCCAUUGCAAAUGCCAAUUCUGGCACUUUUGAAGUGGACUUGAUAUCCCCACGCAACGAAACUUACACCCCUCAGGCAUUGAUGCCCAUCGUGUUUGCGCUGCAGAGUCCGCCUUUGGCUUUCACUUUGGAAGCUGCCAUCUCCUGGGAGUUGUGGGAAGGCAACAACCGGAGUUCCCCGGGCUCCGUCACUGACGGGCUCCUUGAGCUGGGUUUGUUGAAUCUUACGUCUUCUGAACCUCACUUUGUCACCCGCUUCAUCAACACUCUCGCUUACCCGGACGGCUUCUGGACCUUUGUCUGGAGCCUGCAAAUUUAUAAAUGCUCUCAGGGUGAAGGCUCAACUCAACGUAUCUCAACAAAAAAUACCACCAUCUUCACUGUCAGCCAGUCAGGGCAGGCACCCAAUCUUGUGGCAACCACAUCUUCUGAAAUGUGCGGCACCAUGGAAGCCUAUGCAUUCAACGUAACCUCUAAAGGGGAUACUUGCGGCGUCCUUGGGCCCAGUCCGACCACCAACCAGUGCGCGGCGACGAUCAAUCCUUCAGCCGCAUCUAGCAUAUAUGCAGCGGCCACCGCCUUCGCCUGUGACCCUCUACAGCGUCCAGUAAAUCCCAACGUUACUUGUCCGCAUUUUACUGGCAAAUCCCCUAACGACGCAGGACAAUCUCGCAUGGCGGCAGCAUCGACACUGCUUUUGCUGUUGACCAUGGUGACUGCCUUGUUCCACCUUGGAUGA